UAGUGCACGUGUUUACAUUUAAGCUGUGUUCUAAAUGUGCUAACAAUUAAAAUACACGUGGUAAUGCAAAUUUUAAAAAAAACGUCAUUUGUCGACUUCAUUUUAAAACAACAUUCCAGGAAUUAAACCGAGAUAUUAGUUGCCUCUGGGUUACAUUCAGCAGGAGUGUUUGUGAUUAAUGUACACAGGAAAACUCACAAGGACGACCAUCUCCACAGGCCUGCAUUUACCAAAAAUAACACUCAAAAAAAUACGGCACAGAUGUCAAAAUUGUAUUUAGCUGCUGAUGUCAUGGGGAAGUUUUCGUCUAGCAUUCAACGAAAACCUACUUCUGCUGUAGUGCAAUAAUGUAAAGUGGAAAAGGCAUACAGUAUCUAUGCUUCCAACUUAUUUUAGCUUGCAUUACCCUGUGACACACUUCCAUAACAGUCAUAUGAGCAGGUGUGAUGCAUUUCUGUCAGCAGCAUGUUUUUACCACAGCCUGAUGUAUUGUUUGGAAAAGCUUCUCCUUCCCUGAACAUGGAAUAUUCACAUUAUCCAACCAUACAUACAAAUAUAUCACUAAACGGGACGACGUAACAAAUAGCUACGCUUUAGGAGCUUAAAAAGGGUAAAAAGCUUUGUUCUAACUUCAUUUUAAGGCCUCGUUUUCUUUCUUCAGUGUCUCAUCAGCUUCACUUUGUUGCAGUUUUGUUGUGGCUUCUUUGCCAAUAUGACACAGUUAGACAUGGAUAUAAUAAACUCAAGUCACUGUGGCUCUGUGUCAGGGCUCGAGCAGAUCUCUCUGCCCCCACUGGCGACACUUUUCCUCUUCCCCCAGUGCAGAUGUCUGUAGAUGGAGUCAAAAACUGACACGGUGUAGCGCGCAAACAGGCUGGUCCACUUCACUGCAUCCACCAUCCACUGAACCGAACGCCCCACGAAGGCCACAAACACUGUGGUGUAGUGGGCCAGCAGCAGCAGGCUCCUCCCCAGCUGCCUGCCCUGGUUAAUGAUCAGGUUGACUCUCUGGUCUUUUCCUGCCAUCAUCAUGCUGUCUUGUUUCCAGAUGUAGAAGGGUCGACCAGUGUGUAUUUUUGGCUCGAGGGCUGAUUUUUCGUUUUUUAAGAUGUGUAUAUUUUUGCAGAUGCUCCCUACACUACAGAAGGAGUGGACGGCUGUGAACUGGCAGACGGUCCCUUGAGGUCCCGGCCGUCCAAUCAGAGCAGAGGAAGCUUUGUUUCCGGGAAUGUUUGGUGAUGUGGCUCUGCUCCGAAAUCCAUCCGAGGAAAUAUAUCAAAUAAAAUCCAGACACAUUCACCUGGGGAGCACUCGCACAGUGCCGUCUUUAUGUUAAGCCGUCUGGCCACAGUCCUCCAGGAGCUUUCUGGAGAGGAGGGUCCAGAUGGAGACCCACAGGGCAUGCUGGUGCCUCAGCUCCCUGCCGGUGAGGGCCAGGCCCCAGCAGAGUCUGAGGUACCUGAGGAGGCCAUGGAGAGGCUGGCCCACCUGGAGCAACUGGUGGUCCAGCUGAAGGAGCUCAUCCGAGACAAAGACACGCUGCUCAUCCAGAAGGACACCGAGCUGACCAGCAAGGAUGCACAACUCAAGAAUGAGAGAGACGAAGCUGAGGCCCGCUUCACCAAGCUCAAACUGCAGGCCAAAGCCAAGAUGGCGUCACUCAACAAACAAAUAACUGAUUUAAAAGGACAAGGAGGAGCAACACAGAGUCCAGACAGCUCUUUCACAGGAGCUGCAGUCGAGGAGGAGCUCCAAGAAGUGAAGAACAAGCUGAGCGAGGAGGAAGCCACCAGCAAGGAGCUUAAAGAGCGACUCCAGGCCACUGAACAGCUUCUUCAAGAGAAGGAAUCUGCCCACGCUGAGCAGCUGAUGAAACUGCAGGCUGUGGUCUGUGAGAAGGAUGUACGUUUCCAGGAACAGAUUCAGAAACACGAAGAGGAGCUGCUGAGAGUCACAACACAGUCUCAGAAUGAUGGCGAGCUUCAGCAGGCGCUGCAUGCAGCUCAGCGGCGGUGUGAAGAGCUCGAAGAAGCCUUAAACUCUCGCUCCCAAGUGUUGGAAAUGCUGCAGCAGGAAGUGAGCAGUGCUGAUCAGCAGAAGCAGAUCUUGACUGCUCAGUUCCGGCAGAUGGAGCAGGAGCUGGCCGAGGCCGUGAAGCUGAGGGAGGAGGACAGGCAGCAGUGGGCCGCGCAGGCCAGCAGGGCCGAUGCCGACCUCGCAGCACUUCGAGGCAGCCUGGAGGCCUUGGAAAGCGAGAGGAUGGAGGUGGCAAGGCAAGAAAGCGAGCUGGCCUCUUUCAGGGAGGCAGAGCUUGUUAGUCAAGAGGCUCUGCAGAAGGAGAAGAUGGAAGUUGCCAGAUUGGAGACACAACUGAGUCUGAUGAAAGAGGCUGAGCUCGCAGCCCUUCAAGCAAGCAGCGAGGCCUCAGAGAGAGACAGGGCGGAAAUUGCUCGACUCAAAAGUGAACUUGCAUCAAUGAGAGAGUCGGAGUCUGCAGCUGUCCCUCUCAGGCAGGACGCCUCAGAAAGCGACAAGUCUGAGGUCGACAAACUAGAGAAAGAACUGCCAACCCUCAGGGCAGAGCAGGAAGAUACGCAGAACAGAGGCGAGAUUUUGGCUGAAAUCUGGAGACAUCUACGUCUUCUGGCUGUGGAGAAUGUGCCCGAGGAAAUCCCUGUCCCUGCUGACCUGUCGCUGCUCCUGGACACCGUACAGUCCGUUGAGACGCAGCUGACGAGGCUGAAAGACGAAUGCAGAGAAAGUGAGGAACGCUGCGCCCAGCUCACCAACACCACGGAAACCCUCCAGGAACAACUAGACAGAAAAACUACAGAGCAGGAGGAAGCAUCUGCAAAGAUACAGCAGCUGGAGCAGCAAAUUGUUAUGAUGUCAGACACGAAUGAUGUCUCGGAACUGUCACAGGAUUCAUCUGAAGCUGAAAAAGCACACAUUGUGGCACUGGAGCAGCAGCUGGUAGAAAAAGACAAUGAGCUGGUUGCCCUUCGAGAAUCCCUCAUAGUGGCUACGAAGCACAGCUCCGGUGAGGCUCCAUCAGGUGAACGCUAUGAUCAGAGCCCAGAUCAGGAUGUCAGUGCAGCUCCCCUGGAUAGUUCUGCCACCCUCCCUGACUUCAUGGAAGAUACACAAGAAGAAGAGACCACCUUAGUUGCUGAAGACACCUCAAUGCUCUCCAUUUCUGCUGGCAAUGAAAGCAGCCCAGAGCUAAUUGGACACCAGUCUGAGUCCCCAGAAGAAUCCAAAGGUACCUCCUCAGACGAAAUGGUGGCCAGUAGUGACUCAGAGGUGGCCCACAGCAGCUGGACCCUCCUGGAAGCUGUGAAUCAAGAUGGAGGUCAGGAGUGGCCCUCCCUCCUGCAGGACUUUAAUCAGUCAUGGGUGGCAACAAGCAUGGAGCAGGAGUCCUCCUCAGUUCAAGUUGAAUCUUCAUCUGUCAUCAUCAGAGAGACAGUUCAGGUUCAUGUAAGUCAGCAGGAUUCAUCCUCGACAGAAGCUAACACGCUCUCCGGCCAGGUCUUUGCUCAGGCUUUAGCUGAGGAGCUCCAGAAGAGGUACAGCGAACUGUUGGCUGAGCUGCAGAGGCUCAAAGAUGCAGCUGCAGAGUCGCAGGAGAAAAUUAAGAGUCUGGAAGAAGAAACAGAGUCUCUCACUGCUGCCAAAGAAGAGGCCGAGUCCAAAGCCACUAAUUUUUCAGAGGAGCUAAAGUCAGCCAGAGAGGAGUUGGAUAACCACUCCCAGCAAAGCAGCUCUGCAGUAGAGAAGCACGGCGUCGAAAUGCAGCUUCUAGAAGAACAGAUAGACAUUUUAAACACUGAAAAUAAAUCCAAGGAGCAGAGAAUCCAGGCUUUGCUGACCGAUCUGGAAAUGGCUCACCAGGCUCUCUCUGAGCAGGAGGGUCAGGCCCGGAUGCUCAGUGCACAGCUGGAGGACAGAGAACUUCUCUCCUCUGAGUUAGAAAGGAAGCUUCAAGAUAUGGAGAGCAGCAUACUGGAAUACUCUCAGACGUCAGAUCUCAAUAAUGAGUCUUUGUCAAAGAAGGACUCAGAGAUCAGUGAGCUACAGAUUCUUCUCAGCCAGAAAGAGAAAGAGAUAGUGGAGCUCAAUGACAGUAUGUCUGCUAAACUCCUGCAGGCAGAAGAAGAGAAGUUUCAGAUAGACAGUGAAGUUAGUAAACUGAAGGAGCAGAUAUUCGUACUUGAAAAAGUCAGAGAUGAAAAACAGGAUGCAACUGGUGAAGACUCAGCUGUUCAUGAAGAUGGUGAACUUGCUAGUUUACGAAAGGAGAAAGGAGCACUGGAAACCCAGCUGACAAAUGCAAAGAAGAAGUUGCAGGUGGCACUUGUGCAGCGCAAAGAGCUCAUGAAGAAGGUUAGUGACUUUGAGAUAGAAGCGAAGAAAUGGAAAGAGAAAGACGAAAAGGCAGUAGAAGGAGUUUCUGAAAAUAUCCCAGAGGUAGAAAAACCUAAAGGACAUGAGGUUCUAGAGAUGGAAGCUAAACUCUUGGAGCUCGAGCAAGCUUUGAAAUCCAAAGAAGAGGCAGUUGAGACUCUUGAGCAGAAAAUUAGCCAACAGGAUCAAGCUCUUGCUGAGACACUCUCUCUGAACAGAAAGCUAAGUGAAGAAGCUGAAAACUCACAGCAGGCUGACAUUUCUUCUGAAACAACUGCGUUACAGUCGCAAUUGGCUUCUCUUGAAGCAGAGUGUGAAACGCUUCAGAAGAGGGUUCAGGAGGCCCAAGAAUCUCGCAAAGAAACCAUCCGCAAAGCAAAAGAAAAAGACAGACACCACCGUGAACAACUGAAGCAGCAGAAAGAAGAAUACAGUGAGCUGAUGGAACGCUUUGAGGUCCAGAAUGACGAACGAGAAGUUCUUCUUACUAAACUCAGAGAACUAGAAGAGAAACUGACCAGUGAAAAAGAAGCUCUGCCUGAUCAAGAGCCCAAACACAUGAGUGAAAAUGUGGAGAAGCCUGCAUCAAAUGACUGGGUCCAGGAGGACUGGGUGGAUUUUGCUACAUCAGAGACCGAUUCAUCACAGCCACAAUCCAGUGAUCCAGCUCAGCAUCCUGCAGAGCCGUCUGACGUCAUCUCUGCACAAAUGGAGGAAUCUCUAAAAGCUCUCAGAGAGGAGAUCCAGGCUGUGCGGGAGGCAAACACAGAGCUUGAGAAGAAGCUGCAGGAAACACAGGACAGUCUGUCACUGAAGGAGGCUGAGCUACUGGAACUGGGAAAAGACCUACAAGCACUGAGAGAAAAGGAAAAGCAAAUUGAUGGACUCUCUGAGGAAAUUAAUGAUCUCCAAGUAAAGUAUCAACAAGCUGAGUCUAACGCUGAAAGCCUAAAGGUAGAGAUGGAAGCUGCAGCCAGUGCAGCAUCUGCAACUGCUACAUCUUCAAUUACAACUCUUCAGGCUGAAGUGGAAGACUUCAAGCAGUUUCUUGAUAAUAAGAACCAUGAAAUAAUGGAGCUCAGUCAGCAGCUCAGUGAACAGAGCUCACUCAUACACUCCAUGCAGGACACAGUGUCUCAGAAGGACCAACUCAUCACGUCUUUACAGGAAGAACUAAAGACUGAACAAGAAAAAACACAGAGGUUAGAGACUGAUGUUCCACAGAAGCAAGAGGAAGACAGUGAGGCAAAGAUCCAGCAGCUUCAGCGAAAGCUUCAGGCUGCUCUGAUCUCCCGCAAAGAGGCCCUAAAAGAAAACAAAACCCAGAAAGAGCAGCUGGCAUCAACUGAGAAGGUCAUAGCUGAGCUGCAGCAGAAAAUAAGCUCAGCAGAAGAUGAGCUGGAGAAGCUGAGAGCAGAAAGAGUCAGACUGAUUGAUGAAGUUGACCGAACUUUACUGGAAAACCAAAGUUUAGGAUCUUCUUGUGAGAGCCUCAAGCUGGCAAUGGAAGGAAUUCUCAGCGAGAAAGAUGCCUGUAAGAGAGAAGUGGAGUUGGCAAAGGAAGAGGCAACUAGAACAUGCAGAGAAUGGGAGGAAAAGGUCCAAGGCAUGAAGGACGAGUACGAGACUCUGCUCAAGUCUUAUGAAAACGUGAGCGAUGAGGCAGAGCGAGUGAGACGAGUCCUGGAAGCCGCCAGGCAGGAGAGACAGGAGCUGGCUGCCAAGGUGAGAAGUCAUGAGGCUGCAAGACAGGAAGCUGAAAGACAAGCAGAGGAAGCACAGAAGGACGUGGAUUCAGUGAAAGACAAAAUGAGAAAGUUUGCCAAAACAAAGCAGCAAAAAAUAUUAGAGUUGGAGGAGGAGAAUGAGAGACUCAGAGAGAUGCAGGAAAAGCCUGUAAUAAAACGAGAGGACAGGGCUCUCAAAGCUGAAGUUGAACAGCUUCAGGAAGAACUGGAAGCUGUGAAAGCUGAGUUGGAGACUACAGCAUCAGAAAGAGACUCUUUAGGGCAGCAGAUUGAAGAGCUGAAGGGACAAGUUGCCCAAAUGAGAGAAAAAGACGGUGAGAUUUCAGUUAUUCCGCUGAGCUCUGCAGCUGUUGUAGAAGAGGUUGUGACUGUCCAACAGUCAGACACCAUCAUGACUGCAACAAAACCUGUUGAGAGUCAAUAUGAAGACAAAGAAAAACCUUUCACCCUAGAAGAAGCUCAGGAUGAACAAAUAGCUGCGGUGUCUGUGACAAAAACACAUUUGCAGCCAACUGAAGAAAAAGAAAAAGCAGAAAUGACUGAAAGUGCUCAAACGUUAUUAGAAAAUAAAAUGAGGGAGAUUGAGGCGGCUGUUAACACAGAGAGAGAACUGUGGCAGGAACGGGAGGCUGAACUCAAAGCUGAACUGGCCUCUCUUGAACGAGAUCUUCAGGAGAGUAAAGAGAAGGAAAGCCUUAUAGCCUCUUUAGAGAAGUGCCUUCAAGAGAGCAAAGAGAGAGAAAAGAGCCUAAUAGAAGAGGCUUCAAAAAGGGAAACCCAGUUCAAAGAACUCCUCAGAAGCCUUGAAACUGAAAAAGACAACCUGGAGGAGCGUCUGAUGAAUCAGUUAGCUCAGCUGAACGGGAGCAUCGCUGGCUACCAGCAAGAGGCAGCAGACAACCGGGAACACCUCACUGAACUGCAGCGGGAGGUGGAAAGGUUAGAGAGGGAGCGAGCGGAGCUGGAGGCCGAGGCUCAGAGCGAGAAGGACCGAGCUGCCAGGCUGGAAGAGGACAUGAGACAAGCCCAGCGAGAAAGAGCUGAGGCUGAAGCAGAGUCUGGAAAGCAGAGGGAGCUGGAGCAGCAGCUGAGGUCUGCUCAGAGGGUCAAAGAAGGCAGCCAGACCAGAGCACGUCAGCUGGAAGAGCUGCUGAGGGAGAAGCAGCUGGAAGUCCGUCAGCUGCAGAAGGACUGCAUCCAGUACCAGGAGAGGAUCAGCGAACUGGGUAGAGAAGCUAAGGCUCUGCAGCUAGGCCACAAUGAGCUCAGCAGCAAGCUAGAACAGUCUCAGCUGGAGACGUCCAAAACUCUAGAGGACCUGAAAAAGACUGAAACAGAGUUGGAUAGUUGCAAAUCCCAACUAGAACAGUCACAGAAACAGGCAAGUGAGGCCUUAGCAGCAAAAGCGACCAUCGAACAGAGUAUCCAGGAGAGAGAGGCCAUGCUGAAAGCUGAGGCAGAGCAAACCCUGGACUCUGUGAGAUUCAGGCUGGGAGCUGAGCUGAAGGAGAUGGAGCUGAGACUAGAGGAGGCCUACAGAGAGAGGGAGAAGGAAGAGGACGCUACUCUGGAGGCCAGAGAGAUGGCAGAAGGAGCUGAGCGACGAGCACAAGAGAUGCAAGCCCGUCUGGAUGAGUCUCUGGCCAGGUUAGCUGCCUUCUCACGCUGCAUGUCGUCCCUGCAAGACGACCGGGACAGAGUUUUGGACGAGGCCCGGCAGUGGGAGACUCGCUUUCAUGGUGCUCUGCAGGGUAAAGAGGCUGAAGUCCGUGAGGCUGAAACACGAGCCAAGGAACUUGCAGAACAGCUUCAGAAAGAAACUGCACUGAAAGAGGAACUGAAACUUUCAGUUGACAGAUUAGAGAAAGCAGACAAAGAGUGGCAGCUGAGGUUGGAAGAAGAAGAAAAGAAAGUCUCAGAGAGCCGAGCUGCCCUCGAGGAGGAGAAAGGGAAGCUUCAGCAAACUACAGCUGAGUUGGAGUCUGCACAGAAUGAAGGCCAGGCCCUGAAAACUGAGAUGGAGAGUUCAGUGCAGAGAACUCGGGCUCUGGAGGAGGCUGUCGGAAGGCUGCAGGGUGAAGCAGACCAGGCCAGGACUGAGCUGAGGGAGCGGGAAGCCGAAGAGAGACGUCUCUGUCUGAACAUGGAACAGCUGGAGACGGACCUGCGAUCCUCUAAGGCCUUGACGGAGAGCUUGCAGACUGAGUUACAUGAGAAGGAAAGGAGGGAAGUAGAGAUGCUGGGGGAGAAGGAGCAAGCUGUGGCUCAGGCUGCGGAGGAGGCCAGAAAGGAGGCUGACAGCAGGGCACAAGAAGCUGAGGAGGACCUGGAGCAGAGAAGAGGAGAAGUUCGGGAUCUGGAAGAAAAACUGCGAAAGACGGAAGAAGAGAGCAACAACAGAAAAACCAGGCUGGACUCUUUUAUGAAGGCCAUGGGCUCCCUGCAGGACGACAGAGACAGAGUCCUCAACAUGUACAAGCAGCUGGAAGAGAAACACUUGCAGGUAAUGGUGGAGAAGGACGGUUUGAUCCAAGAGGCGGCAGGAGAGAAUAACAGCCUGAAGGAAGAGUUGCGCUCUCUGCUGGUCCAGAGAGACGAUCUGUACGCUGAAAAGGCCAAACUGUCUGCUCAGCUUCAUGGCUAUCGUGAAGAACUUAACCAAGUCCUGAGUAUGAAGGAGUCUCAACACAAACAGCUUCUGGCCGCCCAAAGAGGACGUAUUGCAGCUUUAGAAAUGGAACGUGAGGAGCUGGAAAAUCAGUUAAAGAACCUCAGCAGAGCCAGAGAGACGCAAGUAGAAGCAGCGGUACACAGAGUGGAGAGUGAGACUCUGAGUCAGGCUGCUGACAGCAGACCAGCAUCACAGGUGAUUGAUGCUCCUGGUGCAGAAGUGGAGAAGCUGAGAGAGCAGCUGCAGGCAUCUAGAGAACAAGUGGAGGCUCUGGAGGAGACUCUACAGAGGGAGAGGCAGGAGCAGGACAGCAAGAGCAAAGAGCUAGCCGAGCUUCGAUGGGAGGGAGGCGUGAUGCGAACAGAGUCAGAAAGCGCUCAGGAGAGGGUGGCAGAGCUGGCCAGAGACCUGCUGGCUGUUGAACAGAAGCUGCUGGAAGAGAAAGAGGCCACAAACCAGCUGAGAGCAGAGAACCAGUCAUUUGCUAAAGCCAUGGCCUCCAUCCAGGACAGCAGGGACCAGGCAGUGAACAAGGCCCAGGAACUGAGCCUGAGACUGGAGGAGAUCAGCAAAGCAGGAGGCCCCACAGCUCCCAGCAGCCCUGGAGGCUCCACUGGAGAAGUGUGGGGGCUGAAGAACGCACUGCAAGCCCUGCAGAACGACAGGGAGAGGCUGCUGGAGCAACUUAAAACACAGACGUCUGAGCUGGAGAAGCAGAAGUCAGAGCUGGCGCGACUGGGAGCUGGAGAGCUGAUUAAAGUCAGUCAGGAGCUGUUUGAAGAGAAGAAGAGGAGUGAAGACAUGCUGGGUGUCAUAGCACAGCUAGAAAAUGUGGCGACGAUGGGAAAGCACGAAAUCGAGACUCUCAGGCUCGAACGAAUUGAUUGGAUGGCUCAAGCAGAGCAGCUGAAGCAGCAGACUCUCACCACGCUCUCAGAAAGGGACCAACAACUGCGGCAGCUCACCUCCAUGCUGGAGGAAGCCCGGGCUCAUAAACCCAAACUGCAGCAGGAACACUACCAGAGAGAGCAGGGCACAGAGGAGGUGGACAGCGCUCCUGGAGCCCCACAGGAACGAAGCAGCCUGCUGGACAGCCACGCCUACAUAGCUGAGGUCAAAGAGCUACAGCGAAGACUAGAUGAAGAGACGCAGCAGCGACUGGCUGUUGAGGAGCAGCUGAUGGCCACAAGAGAUCGACUCACACGUCACAGCCAGGCUACGUGGCACUCGGCAAAGGACGGCGAUCACUCAGAGACUGCUGUUUUUAUCGAGCCGCCGGAAGGAGCUGUCACUCGAACUCGGAGAGGCGGUCCGGGUUUGAUGCGGAUGCUCCGAGUGGCCUUCUGCUCCCGUCAGCGCACCCCUCUGCUGCUGAGCCUCUAUCUGCUCACCGUGCACGUCCUGCUGCUGCUGUGUUUGGGUGGAUACCUCUGAAACCAGCUCACCUUUAACACACCUGACAGAUAAGAGAGAGAGAGCGAGAGAGAGGAGGGCAAAGAAAACCUAACCCGAGCCAUCAAUAUCAUUUCUAAUGUUACAUGUGAUAGUUAAAGAAGGGUAGGAGGGAUGUUCUACAUGCAGACGUUGCACUUUACAAGACCUAAUCUUUCAGCCAAAGUAUGUAGAUUUAUAUUGGGGGCCGUUUACUUUGAUUUUACCCAUUUGGUCUUGGAUCACUCUGAGUGUGUAUAAUAUUCUUUCAAAAUCCAUACAGUAAAGGGACUAACUAAAAUGUUUAGCGGAAAAUGUAGAUUAAUAAUCAAGUGUUGUGGCAGAUGGUGUUUUUCUUGUGCCUUUAGCUUUGGAUAUAACCUAAAGGGAUUGCUUAAGGUAAAGCUAAUGUUCUACAUUUUGGGAAAUAUGCUUAUUAGCGCUCAGGCAGAGACUGUGUGUGUAGUCUUUUAAAAUCCAAUUUGUUUGUUAGGAUUUUGGAAGAUUUUGUUUAGUUUUGAAUCAAAUGUAAUCCCCCAGUUAGGAUGAGAUUAGUUUGAUGACACUCAAAUCUGUCCAUUGCAUAAAAAGCUAGCUUAAUUAGCUUAGCUUGCUAAAAAGACAGCCUAAGCUUAGGAAUACUUGGUCUGUGUGGUUAAAAACACCCAAAAAAAAUCCUCGUAAUGCCCAAGAAAAGAGCAAAAUUCCACUUUAAUGUGGCAGGUGUUGUAGAAUACAUAAAGCUAGAUGAAAUGUGUUUGUCUGUUUACAUUUAGCUAACUGUGGGCAGGUUUAGUGUUCCUUUUUUGUCCUAAGCUAACAGGCUGCUAUAUACGACGUUAAAAGACAUUUCGAUUUCCAGUCACCAGCUCUCCACCACACGGCUAGUAAACCUGUUUCCCACAACUUUUUUUAAAGGUGGGAUGACACACAAAUCUGUUUGUUGUAUAAAAGCUAGCUUAAUUAGCUUAGCUUGCUACAAAGACAGGCUAAGGAAUGCUUGGGCUUUGGUUAAAAACACCCCAAAAAAUCCUCUUAUUAUUAAAAAUGAACGCUUGACAUCUGAUUAGUUUAAAAUACAAAGUGUAAAAUCCCAAUUAGAUGUUUUUUUUUGAUGCAGGGGAGACUCUGAAAAGCUAUUGCUACUGGCUAGCACAUAAAAUACGCCUAAGCUAACAGGCUGCUAGUUGCAACAUUAAAGGACAUUUUGAUUUCCAGUCACCAACACUCCACCAGACGGCUAGUAAAUCUGUUUCCCACAAUUUUUUUUAAAAGAUGGGAUUAGUUUGAUGACACUCAGAUCUGUCUGUUGUAUAAAAAGCUAGCUUAGUUAGCGUAGCUUAGCUUGCUACAAAGACAGGCUAAGGAAUGCUUGGUCUUUGUGGUUAAAACACCUCAAAAAUUCCUCUUAAUAUUUAACACUUUACAUCUGAUUAGUUUAAAAUAUAAAGUGUAAAAUGCCAAUUUUUUGUUUUUUUUUGACGCUGGGGAAACUCAAGCUCCUAGUACCGGCUAACACAUAAAAUACGCCUAGGAAAAAGGCUGCUAGCUGCAACGUUUAGACAUUUAGAUUUCCAGUCACCAACUCUCCACCAGACAGCUAGUAAACCUGUUUCCCACAACUUUUAACUUUUUAAGAUGGCUUGAGGUUUAGGCAGUGCUCAUAUAGUCCAGUCUCUUCCUCAGCUGCUUAUUUUGUGCACAAAAAGCAGAGCACAGUGCAAUUUUCUGUUCGUACACAUUCCUAUAUUGUGCUUUCCUUCACUUUCCUUUAAUAUAAAUCACUUUCUAUAACCGAGGACCCUUCUAUUGAUAUUUGUACAUAUGUACAUGUAUUAUGUAUGUCAGGUUAGGUUCCCCGUCAGAUUUAAAUAUCACAAUUUGUAGUUUUUAUGGCAGAUGAAGCUGCCUUCAGGUGCAAUAUUACCACAGUUUGCAUUCUUUCCAGAGGAGGAAGAUUGCUGUGUUUUCUAAUGAUAUCCAUCCCAUUGCAGACUACUGCGAUGUAGCAUAAUUUAUUAUUCAUAAGACACUGUUAAAUUGUCCACCACCUACACGUGUAUCGACAUCAUUCUCUGUUUAAUUGCUGUGUUGUGUAGUCAUCUUCUCUCUUUAUUCUUCACAUCUCACACCCACUCACACUGUAAAUAACUGUUUAAAGGGCUGUAUAGAAUAAUAAAAUGUAAUUAAAGCCUUGGUGGUUUAGGUGAGGGACCAGUCUUGUCGAGCAUUAAUUAUUUCCUUGUUAGGGUGUUUAUAGGGGAAUCACAGACAUCGGGAUGUUUUUGUUUACACUUUCCUUGAGCUUGGUUAAUUAUAGUUCAGAAAAUUAACACACUGUCUCCUUUGUUUUUGUGAAAUUAUUGAGAAAAAUCAGCGUAUUAUUUUUGGAAAACCUGUCGACCUGACCACUGUCGUGCUUGUGAUGCUGAGGGUUGUUCUUCUGAAAGUAAAAAUGAAGCUCAGGUUCCAACAAACCGAGAGAUUACGAGUUACUGUAACAUUUAAACGGUGGUCUGAAAGGAUUUGUGGGAGAAGGAAUUACACAAACGCACUUACUGCUGACACAGAUCACUACAUAUUCUAGCCUUUAAUAAAUGAUAUUUUCAAGUGUAACUAAA